AUGCAUAAUAAACAACAGUAUAUAGACAAACUUGACAUAGAUAAAUUUCAAAAACCAAAUAUUUACAAUAAAUUUUUACCAUUCUAUGACACUGUCAAACAACAAAGUGCAGAGUCAUUUAAAGAAAUUUGUGAAAAUCUUUCACGUAUUAUCCAAUUACGUGAAUUACGACCAGGUUUUCCACUUUGGUCAUCGAAACUACAACAAUUUAUUUCACUUUAUGGUUUUUGUUUUAAUAAAAAUGAUCAUCUUAAGUUAAUUCAUUUAUAUCUAUCUGUACUCACUAUUCCAAACUUAAAUUAUUCAAAUGCAAAAACAUGUUUUGAUAUUAUUGAUGAACUUUUAAAUAAGUCUCGUUUGAUUACAAGAGAUAAUCUUAUUGUCGAUUGGCGACAACUUUAUACAUGGGUAAAACUAAUUCUUUUUAACAAUGAUGAAUCUUAUUCAUUGAUUGCUUUACCAAAUGAUAUUGAAAAAUCACUUUUAUAUUGUGUUCGUAGUUGUCGUCCAUAUUUUUCGGCAGCAUCAACACAAGAAAUUCUUGAUGAAUUUCGUCCAUGGUUAUGUCCAUUUGAUUCAGCUUUUAGUGACGCUAUGUGUUAUUUAGAUCUUUUCUUGCCAGUUCAUUUACCACCAGAUUUACACGAUCAAGGAUUUAAAUUAUGGUUACCAGAGUUUUUGGGUAUUUGGGAAAGUGUUUGUAGUAAUCCUGAAUGGGAACAAAAUAUGAUUAAUAUAUUUUCUUUUGUUGCAUGGUGUAAUAUUGGAUAUGUUGAGUGGGAACCUUGGCUACCCAAAAUCUUUACACGCAUACUUAAAAAUUUUUCACUUCCAGUCGCAAAUGUUCAAGUCUCAUCCCAAACGCAAAACUAUUCUAUAUCAAUUACUGCAACAUGGAUUGUUGCUAUGAUGGGCAAUGGAAGUUCAUGUUUACAAUAUUUAAAAGAUUUAUUUACUGCAAUUAAAAGUUUUUAUCAUCCAUCAAAUACAGGGGAUUUUCAACAAGAUCUUGUUAGUUUUCUUUCAAAACUGUCUCAAGCAUUUCUAGACCGUGUUCAUUUAGAACGUAAAUCUAAUCCUGUAUGGCAUUUCAAUCCACCUAGCUCUUAUCGCAUAACAGAAAAUGAAAUUACAGAUUUUGUUAAUUGUGUCAAAGAAUGUGUAUUUAUUUCAAUUUUUAAUAAAGCUCAUCUUGAAGAAGCUGCUAAAGCAUGUCAAUAUUUAUCAAUGCUUCGACCAGAACUUAUUGUUCCACCAUUAGUUGAAUUUAUGACUGAGCCACAUCGUUUUACAUCUAUUAUUACUUGCCUAGCUGAUAUGGCUCGUCAAAUUGUACGACAAACACCUGAUUUUUCACAAGGUCAAACAUAUGUUAUACCAUUAUUAAUGGCUGUUCUACCUGGUAUUGAUUCAAAUGAUUUCAAAAAAACUGCUGUAACAUUUCAGUUUCUUAAUGCUAUUCUAAUGCUUGUUACAUGUGUUGAUUGUUCAUCGGCUGUUCAUACUCGAAAUGAUCUUACUGAAAUUGAGAAAGAAGUUUGUUUAUCAACAGCUAAAUUUGAAGAUUUCAUAACUGAAUUUCUUAAUCGAACAUUUCAAAUGAUUGAUACAUUAUCUACUGAAAUGUCUGAUGCUGUAAUUCUAACUAAUGAAGCAAAUUCAGAAGAUCAAGCAGCUAGUCAAGAACUAACAUCAAUGAUAUCUGGUAUUGUUCAACAAUGUAGUAAUAAAAUAUUUCAAAUGAUUCGUGAAAAAAUUACAAACUUUUUGGCAACAUCAUCUUUCUCACCUAAAAUUAGUAAACUUCUUAAUGGUCUUGUUCGUGCUAUUCUUAAAGGAAAUCCUGAAGAAACACUCAAAUAUCUUUUACCACACACAUGUGAACGUAUUGAAAAUAUUUUAAAUCAUUCAGAAACAACAAUAUUAACUGAUCAUAAAGGAGAUAGAGAAUUGACAUGGUGUUUAAUACUUUUCUCUGAACUUGUUCGUGCUCGUGGUGAUACAUUAGUUAUAUACAAACCAAUGAUUCUAUCUGUCUUUCAUCGAUGUGUUCAUAUCAUUCAUAAAGAAUCAUAUGAAGCUGUAGCAAAUGCUGCAAAAAAUUUACUUAAAUCAUUAUCAUAUGUAUAUCCAAUUGAAUAUCGACUAACAGUUGAAAAUAUUGAAGAACCAUUUACAGACUUUUUACCUAUUCGAGCAUGGGGUCAACAUGUUGAAUUUGAUAAACUUCAAGUUCAAUUUCAUAUUCCAAAUGAAGAAGAAGUUGAUUUUGCAUGUGAAUUUGUUGAAACAUUUAUUUAUCCUGAAUUACAAUUAUUGAAUGAAACAUGUUCAAAAAUGUCAAAUGAAGAACGAUUAAGAUCGCUUACUCUAAUACGUUUUAUAGCUAUUGGAUGUUUUCGUAUGGUACCACGUGUUGAUAGUGAAGAAGUAUCAGAUCUAGUACCAUCUGUAGUCUCAUUUGAUACAAAACAUCGACCUAAAUAUAUGCUUUAUGCUAAACAACCUCAAUUCAGAGAAAACUUACGAAUACGUCUCUUAAAUGAUAUUGGAAAAUUACUUGAUGUUCUUGUUGAAAAUCAUUCAGAUGAUGCAUCAUCUAUAAAGAUUGCUCUAAAAAUUUAUUCAUUGACAUCAAUCUAUUUUGGUGUAUUUGAACAAGACAUAGACGAAUUAUAUAAAGAUUUUCAAAUUAUUAAAUAUUUAUAUAAAAAUAAAUUAUUCGGCAAAAGAAAACAUCCUCGUUUUGUUAUCAUUAAACGAAUAGAAGUGCAACUUGAAUUAUUAUCUAUAAGUAAUUUUCCAAGUUUAACUGACAUUGAUAGACAAGUGAUACUUAAAUUAUUCGAACUAUCAAUUCAUCGAUACAGUGAAGUCCGUUGUAACGCACAAGUUGAUUUAUUUUAUAUUUUACGAUGUUAUCUUUUUUCAUAUCAAGUAAUUAUUGAUCAUAUUCUAGAAUUACUAGAUAAUUCAGAUGGAGCUAAUCAUGAUCAAAUAAAAGGUUGUCUUUAUAUUCUUCUUGGAAAUGAUUUAGUCUUUAUACCAGCGCAAUAUUCAUGGACACUACUUGAAAAAUUAUGGCCAUCACUUACACGUACAAUGCAUGCAACUAAAACUAGUACACAAGAAUUACUUGAUUGUAUUAUGGACAAACUUUGUAAACAAUUUGAUACUCCAGCUAUUAUUGAAGAUAUUAAUGAUAAAUCAGUCAAAGCAGCAAUCGAAUUAUGGAGACCAUUAGAAAUAAAUGAAUUGAUAUCACGAGAUCAAAUGCGUGAAGCACGAAAUCAAGCAAAUAUUCAAUCAUAUAAUAACCUAAUGGAAACACUAAAUUCGUUGUUUUAUAAUCACCCAUUGUAA